AUGAGCGAGCCCGCGUCGACCGACUACGUGCCAUCCGAAGCGCCCCGUGAUGACCUCGGCGAACAAACCCAUAUGACCCCGACGCGAUCAAGUCUCCUGCCGCCUGCUAAGAUUGAGGCCGAGGCUUUAGAUGCUAAGAGUUACACAAACGGACGCGUCGAAGAUGAUCACGGGACCCUCCCUGAAGCUGGUGAUGACUCGGAGCCACACGCUGCUGCGGCCGACGCGUCUCCAAGACCCAACGGCCAUUCGAAACAUAAUGGAGAUACGAAGCAUACCAAUGGACAGGGCGAUAGCCCCAGCGGCGAUGAUGAUAAGCGACCCUCCAAGCGACGCCGCACGGGGGAAGCCACACCCCCGCCCUCCAAGUCUCGCAAACCAAAGCACGAGUCUCCUCCCUGGAAACGAGUCGUAGCCGAGGGCCCUACAUCAUACACUGAGAAUGGUCGUCGUAAAUCAGGACGCAUAAACACGGUUCCUAUUGAACAUCAGCCUCUGGGUGAGAAACGCCUCACCAGGCGUGCCUUGAACGGCUCAACCCAAGCGAGCCCCCCGCCUAAACAACAGGCCGCCCCCAACGGCCGCACGACUCGCACAUAUAGCGCAUCUAAGAAGUCGUCGCCCGCAACAACAACAACAACAAGAACAACAACAACAACAAGGGCAUCCCACGCCCGGUCUGUGUUGGCGCAGACCCCUAAGUCGACGCAAAAGAAGCCCCCUCCCGAACCGAAAUCGAGUACGCGAUCGAACCGCCGCCGCUCCCCUUCUCCCUCCCAAAACGAUAGACGAUCCACUAGACCGCGCCGAACAUCUCGUCUAGUAGACAAAUCAGAAUUGAACGCCCCCGAGACCCGUGAUGGCUCUGGUCGAUCCCCGCGCACCAGGCAUCGUUUGAACCCCCCAGACGUCAUCCCUCUUGUUCACGCCGACCAGGUUCGCAAACGACCCAAGAUUGGCACCAGCUUCGAAGACUUUUGGCGACGGGCAGGCGACAUUUCCGUUGAACAGGGCGGACUGCGUAUGUCUGAUGAUGGACCAGCCUAUAGUGAUGAAAUGGCACGCAAGGACGCACGUGUAAUCUUGCGCGUUGAAGACGAAGUCGAGCCUGGCGGUUUACUAUCAAGUUCGAGAUGCUCCCUAUUUGUUCCUGACACUCCAGAGGAGCCACCACGACAAUGGGCACGGCAAGAUCACAUGGUCAAGGCCAUGGCCAACUUCCGACGGCUCAUGGUCCAAGAACAGCAACGACACCGUGCCACAGCCAAGAGGAUCGCUGAGGCAUGCCGCGAGGAGUGGGCCCGACGACAGCCAAAGUCGACGGAACAGAUCGAGGCUGAGGCGCGGGAAUAUUGGAUUUCUCGGUAUCGCCUGGUGGCAAAAACCUUGUCUGGAACUUGGGAGAAUGUUCGCAUCGAAGUCAACAGGAGGAGGCUCGAAGAAUGGGAGGCUGAGGAGCAGAGGAGAGUCAAAGCUGCACUUAAUGAGGCGGUCAAUCUUUCCGAGCAGAGGCUCCAGGCGCGUCAAGGAGUCGACGAAGAGCUCAUGUCUGACGAUGGAUUCGGCGACCUAAGCGAUGACCUGGUCGGCACGGAUGACGCGUCAGGCUCUUCCUCCCAAGGCGGAUCUAGCGAAGCCGACGCUGAGGACAGCGAUAAUAUGUCCUCUGAUGACGACGACGACGAUGAAUCCGACGGCCCCGAUGAUGCAGCAGACGAAACCCUUACACAAGAACAGCUUCGGGCUAAAUACGCAAACGUCCCGGGGCCUCAAGUUCGAUCAAUCGAAGCCGAGCAGACGCCAGCCGAACAGACAAACGAUGGAGCUAGCGAAUCAAUGAUGGACACCAUGGAUGACACGAGCGAUGAGUCGGUCGACAUGGACGAUGAUGAAAGCUCUGAGGCAGACGACGAUGAACAAGGGUCAGACGAAGAAUCGGGCGAGGAGGCUGAUGGGCUGCUCGGGAUGCUCUUCGGUAAGUCCGAGUUGAAGAAUAUCAAAAAAGAGGAGGACCCGGAGGAACCCGACGGUAUGGAGGAAGAUACCAUAAUGGAGGAUGCUCCGCCGGAGGCGAAAGGCGAAGCCGAGGCGACCGACCACGAAGCCAGCGGCCCUUCGCCCUCUCAGCAGUCUGACUCUGCCAAUGGAGCGGCAGCAUCUGGGACGGACCAGCCUAUGGAACCUUCAGGCAAAGGGCCGAACUCCGAAGCGCCACCUGUCUCCGAGACUGUAGGAGAUGAUAAGCCAGCGGAAAGGGCACCACAUCUCGAGCCGGAAAUGGCCACCGAAGCGAUGUCAAAGGUCCAAGAGGCUAGGGACGUUGAUGAUGACGAUAUGCCCCAGGAAACGACAGAAAUAGACACAAAAUCCCCUGACGAGAUGACGCUUGCCAGGGCAGGACAAAGUGGAAUGGCAACACCUCAACAAUCGAUGCACAAGACCGAUGUCCCCUUCCUACUCCGCGGCUCCCUUCGUGAGUACCAACACGAUGGUCUCGACUGGCUCGCUGGACUCUACGCCAACAGCACCAACGGCAUUCUUGCCGACGAGAUGGGUCUUGGAAAGACUAUACAGACUAUUGCACUUCUGGCCCACCUGGCUUGCUACCACGAGGUGUGGGGUCCACAUCUGGUGGUUGUGCCCACCAGCGUCAUGUUGAACUGGGAGAUGGAGUUCAAGAAGUGGUGCCCCGGUUUCAAGAUUCUUGCCUACUACGGCACUCAGGAGGAGCGCAAGCGCAAGCGCCAAGGCUGGAACAACGACGAUGUCUGGAAUGUGUGCAUUACAUCAUACCAGCUAGUCCUGCAAGACCAGCAAGUGUUCAAGCGUCGUCGGUGGCACUACAUGAUUCUCGACGAGGCACACAACAUCAAGAACUUCAAAUCGCAGCGGUGGCAGACGCUUCUCGGAUUCAACACGCACUCGCGACUUCUCCUGACGGGUACCCCGCUACAGAACAACCUCACUGAGCUAUGGUCCCUCCUGUUCUUCCUGAUGCCCGCCGAGAAUGGGGUGGGUGGCUUUGCGGAUCUGCAAGAGUUUCACGACUGGUUCCACAAGCCCGAGUCCCAGAUCCUAGAGAGCGGACGAGAGCAGAUGGAUGACGAGGCUAGAGCCAUCAUUGCCAAGCUCCACAAGGUUCUUCGUCCGUAUCUACUUCGUCGUCUCAAGGCAGACGUCGAGAAGCAGAUGCCUGCCAAAUACGAGCACGUCGAAUUCUGUCGACUAUCCAAACGUCAGCGCGAACUCUACGACGGGUUCCUAGCUCGCGCGGACACGAGAAACACACUCGCAUCCGGCAACUACAUGUCCAUCAUCAACUGCCUUAUGCAGCUUCGUAAGGUCUGCAACCAUCCGGACCUCUUCAUCGACCGCCCAAUCAUGACAUCGUUCCGGAUGCAGAGAUCCGUUGCCAACGAAUACCAGCAUACCGAGAAUACGGUCCACCGGCGCUUGCUUUUGGAGAAUCCGAUGGACUCGGUGAGCCUAGGGUUCCUCAAUCUCAUUCCCACGCGGUACGAACACAUGUCAACCAACACAGCCGAGCGUAUCUCACAACUCAGUUCAAAUCAAGCCAUGAUCGAAUUGCGCGAGAUCCAGAAGGUCCGGGCACAGAAUGCUUUAACGAACCUCGAUCCUUCUACUGUGCGGUCGAACAUUGCCUACCUGGAGAGCACAGCGCGCUGGGGUCGCUUUGAGGAGCUUCAGCAUUGCGUGUACCUGAACGCCCUGCGCCGGCAGCAGAAGCCCAUCUACGGCAAGAACCUCGUGGAACUGCUCACGGUGGACGCCGAUGUGCGCCCCUUUAAGCGCAGGCCCAAGGUGCCGCAGAAAGUCAUGUCCUGGUUCGAAGAGGACUCGUCAUUUCUGCGGGCCAUGGUGCCGUCGCUUGAAUACCGAGCCGAUAGCCUGAGGACGACGAUUGAGAAGUUUUCAUGCGUCACACCGGCUGUCGUCACGCGAGACCUGGGGCAGGUUGUCCUUGGGCGUAAGUGUGUGGAUGCCUUUACCGACGAAGACAUCAAACUGUCUGCGCCGGUGCGCUGGACACCCUGGAUGCCCAAGGAAGCCCCGCCGGAUCCGUGGCACGAGGCCCGCAUGCGCCUCAGCAUCCAGUUUCCUGACAAACGACUCCUACAGUACGACUGCGGCAAACUCCAGGUGCUCGACAGGCUCCUGCGACGGCUGCAGGCUGGUGGUCAUCGCGCCCUGAUCUUCACACAGAUGACCAAGGUUCUCGACAUCUUGGAACAGUUCCUCAAUAUCCACGGGCACAAGUACCUGCGAUUGGACGGUGCGACCAAGGUGGAGCAGCGGCAGAUCCUGACAGACCGGUUCAACAACGACCCGCGCAUCUUGUGCUUCAUCCUAUCGACGCGGUCAGGGGGGCUGGGAAUCAAUCUUACGGGUGCGGACACGGUCAUCUUCUACGACCAGGACUGGAACCCGGCCAUGGACAAGCAAUGCCAGGACCGAUGCCACCGUAUUGGCCAGACGCGCGACGUACACAUCUACCGCCUCGUCAGCGAGCACACCAUUGAGGCCAACAUCUUGCGAAAGGCAUCGCAGAAGCAGAUGCUCGAUGACGUGGUGAUUCAGGACGGCGAGUUCACGACCGACACGUUCAACAAGGUAUCUGUGAGGCAGGUCCUGAGCGAAAAGGUCGACUCCACGAGUGAGGGUGUUACCGCCGCAGACGCCGCCCUGGACCGUGUCCUAGGUGGCGGUGAUGGUGGUGGCAGAGCAGGCGAUGGCGGCAUCAGCGGAAGCCGCGCCGUCGGACGCGCCCUCGAGCAGGCCGAAGAUAGGGAGGAUGUGGCGGCCGCGCACGUGGCCGAGAGGGAGAUCCAGGCCGACGACGCCGAUUUCACCGAGAGGCCCAGCAACGGCAACACACCGGCGGCAUCGGGACAACAAGAUAUGCCGGGGCCCAAGACCGUUCUCGACGAGGGCGUCAGCAUACUCGAUCAGCCUGGUGCUGAAGAAGAGGCUGAGGUCGAGGACAAUGCCUGGGGUGACAAGAUGCGCACAGUCGACGACUUUAUGCUCAGAACCAUGGCAGAGUUUCUCAGGGGAACAAAACUUGAGUUGCCCAAGGAUAAGAAGAAGGGCAAGAAGAAGGGUAAAGAUACGAGAAAGAGGUAG